GAAAACGUCAUUUCCUCUAAACCCUUCUCUCUUCCGGUAACUGACGGGACCCGGAAGCGCAGUGCCGUACCUGGAUAGUGGGCCUAGGCCGCCCGGGCCUUCUCGGCCUCUCCUGACUUGGAAUCGGCGAGCAGUUCUCUUCACUUCCCUGAAGCGGGAGCAGGAGCCAAUGCUGCGAGCCCGGACGGGGUCUCCGGAACGCACUCCCCGGAGCCCCAGCGACUGGGCCGGGUCAUGAGCCUCUUGGGCAGCCUCGCCUCCUCUCCUCUUUCCCCACUGCAAGCGAGCAAGCCCAGAAUGAAAAAGCCCCCAAAGAAAAGUCAGAACGAGAAGUACCGGCUGAAGUACCUCCGGCUGCGUAAGGCAGCCAAGGCCACGGUGUUUGAAAAUGCAGCUAUUUGUGAUGAAAUUGCCCGCCUUGAGGAGAAGUUUAUCAAAGCAAAAGAAGAAAGAAGGUACCUCCUGAAAAAGCUACUCCAGCUGCAAACUCUGACUGAAGGAGAGACCCAGACAGUAGCCACCACCCACAGUUCUAACCUGCCUUUGAGUUAUGGUGUGGCUACCUCUAUGGGUCCUAUUCAAGGAACCGGAUCUAUUCCUGUGUCCAGCUCUGUGGUUGAAGAGCAAUUUGGGAAGAAACCCAAGAAGGAAAAAAAAGAAAAAGGAAAAGAAAACAACAAAGUCGAAGUUCUGAAGAAAGCAUCCAAGAAAAAGAAAAUGGAGGGAGGUGCUCGCAAGCUGGUUCAGCCCAUUGCCCUGGAUCCCUCAGGACGGCCUGUGUUUCCCAUCGGACUAGGGGGUCUAACAGUUUAUAGCCUAGGGGAGAUCAUCACUGAUCGGCCUGGCUUCCAUGAUGAGGGUGCUAUCUACCCUGUGGGAUUCUGCAGUACCAGAGUGUAUGCCAGCAUGAAGUGCCCGGACCAGAAGUGUCUGUACACCUGUCAAAUCAAGGAUGGUGGUAUGCAGCCGCAGUUUGAGAUUGUGCCCGAGGAUGACCCUGAGAAUGCCAUUGUGGGCUCUUCUGCAAAUGCCUGUCAUGCUGAGCUACUCAAGACCAUCAGUGCAGCUCGGGGGAAGCUACUUCCCAAUGUGCUUCCAUCUGGGGCUGAUUUCUUUGGGUUUUCUCAUCCAACCAUUCACAACCUGAUCCAGAGUUGUCCAGGAGCUCGGAAAUGUAUCAAUUACCAGUGGGUGAAGUUUGAUGUGUGUAAACCUGGCGAUGGUCAGGUCCCCCAGGGGCUACCAGAGAAUGAUGCCACUAUGAGCUUUGAGGCCUUUCAGAGACAGACCUUUAAAGAAGAUCAGAAUGAUCCCAUUCUGCCAGGAUCUCUGGAUCUCCCCGGGCUUCAGCCUGCAUCAUUUGUGUCAUCCUAUCAACCUAUGUUCCUGACACAUGAGCCCCUGCCAGCCACUCACCUGCAGCACAUUAAUUCUCCGUCCCAAUGCAGCCCAGCCCAGUCCUCAGACUGAACAAGGCAGCCAAGACUACACCAGGUUUUUCAUGGUGAAAUUUUAAACUUAAAACUUAGAACAUAUGAAAGAAGCAAGACCCAGCCACAGUGACAGAAGCAUUAACAUUUACCAUUGUAUGAUAGAAGAUCUCUUGGCAGUUAUUUCCCCUGGUGAAGAUUUGGCUGUUUUUAUCUUUUGUAAUAAACUUUUCUUGUCAAUUCUACUUUGUUUUUAGAAUAUUGUAAUCUGGUCCUCACUUUCCUGCUGUUGCUAUUUUUAUUCAAGGCUGAAGUGAAUUAUUCUCUUGUGUAAUUUGUUUUUGCUAAUACUAACAUACAAUAAUGGUUCUGAUUUACUAAGCUAACCACUUAUCUAGUUCUACAUAGUAGUCUGAAUCCUUUUAAGCACAAAUUGUUACUUUACUUUUAUUGUAAGAUUUCAAUGAAAGCAAGAGCCUUGUACACAUAGACACUAGGGAAGUCUGUCCCAUAUAUUCAGUUACCAUUUUUCAUAGAGAUGAUCCUAAAGUCGAGGCUUGGAUCACUCCAUCCUAGCUCUAGCUUCUUUGUUUCUAGACCACCACUUGGUUUUUAGACGUUACUGAGUACUGACAAGAAUACUUUCCUUGGUUUUGAUGCAUGAAUCUCAACUGCCUACUCUAGACUUAUUAUAGCAGUCUUAACAUAUUUACCCUCUUAAUCCUGAUGGCCAACAACCAUUGGUCCCUACAGAUUGCACCCACCCUGUUUAUUCUGAACAUAACUAGAGGUUGUGAAUAAGUAUGGUAUUGUCACUAAUUAAACUGCUUUAAAUAGUAUUUGAUAAGACUUAAUAGGUUUUAAGUUAACUGGUAAUAUAAAAAGUAUCUAGACUUUUGAACACAGUGGUAGAAAGAGCACUGUAUUGGGAAUUAGAACCUGUAUUUAGGCCCUAUCUGACUUGCUAUUUAUGUUACCAUGGGCAGCCUCACAAAUUCAUCUAUAAAAACAGGUGAUACUGGGUUGUGAGGAAAAGUAUUUUGUAAAUCUUAGAAGUACCACAUAAAUUGAUCUUAAUGCAUAAUAAUAUCCUAAUGAGGUUGCAAAAGGAAAGAUGGAAUUUUGCAAGAAGAGUUGAGUGACAGCAAAGAUGGUUGGAAGCAGAGGAUGCUGGGAAAGGAGAGGGUAGCUGUAAUCCACUGUUGUAGUCACACUGGAAUCAUAGAGCUGAUGUCACAGCAAGAUAUGCUGCAAAGUUAUUUCCAUCUUUCCUUUUACAACCUUUCCUUACAGUAAGCAGUUAUGAGAGAGAAAAAAACACCUUAGAAUAACCAAAGUAAUUUUAUUUUUAUAUUAAAGAUUUGCCUUUAGAAAUAUAUAAAACCGAAAAAUUUAGAGACACAAAUUGGGCAUUAAUUUUACUUUAAAUCUUUUCUUUAAAGCAAACCAACUUUCCCUCAGCAUUUGAAUUUUAAAUUCCGAAUAGUACCUCCCAAACUGUUCCUCACUUAUGAGAAUGUGAAGAACCUCCAUGAGAAAGUAACAAUGCUAGUGAUCCUUUUCUAUCUAAAAUACCAAAUCCACAGGAUCUGUCUGGCUCCUUAAAGGGUCACCCAUGAUUGUUUGUAAAAAAAAAAAAAACACAGGAAUUUCAAAUCAGCAUUUCAGCCUAAUUCCACUUUUUUUUUUCAUUUCUCCCCAAAUUUAGCCCAACCAGGAGUCUUAACUUGGAAUGAAUGUGAUGAAUGGUGGGGCCGGCAAGGUACUGCUAGGAUUGUAAAUGGGACACUGUUUAUAUUCACAUGGCCAUGUAGUCCAGGCAUAGUGGAGAGCAGUCACAGUGCCAUGACAGGAAUCAACUUUAAGAGCUAGAGUUUGGGAGGAGGAAUUGCCCAUGGGAGCUGGAAUCCACUUACACUGAUGACCACUGCAGCAUAAGAUCUGAAACAAAAAACAGUCAGCUAAUUAGAUUUGGUCAGGUCAAACAAGUUUCAGGAAAUUCUAAAAAACUAGGCCUUGUUUGUCCACCCAGUGAUAACAGAAAAGAGAAAGUCACUCCUCUCAAGAAUGCAUUUUCUAUAAUAACUAGAAAUAGGAACAAGAAGAGAAACAAGUCUUUAAAGUUAAAACAGCCAGAAUAAAACAACUAACUAGUACAUAGAACAGUGCUUGGCAUGUGGUAAGUACUUUUCAUUCAUCCAAAAAUAAAGGUCAGGAUCAGAGGCCACCACUACUAGCUAGCCUCAGUGUAUAAUUUCUAGCAAAGCUUUCACAUACAAGACCUUAGGAGACUCAGGCAGGUACUAAGAAUGUAAUUUUGGAAAUUAUCCUGCUGUAUAAAUCAACCAAAAGGGGAACAAAGAAGUACAUGUAUCAGAAGAAAAUUAAGGACAGCUUCUUAUGACAGCUAAUAAUUACAAAAGUCUCUGGUUGCUUCUUAAAGAACUUAAAAAAGGAGCCAAAGGUAAGGAAGUUAGAACUGGAGAACAAGGAACCUUUUUGGGGUAGUCAGAUGCACUCCCAAAUAAGGAGACUAAUAGUAUGUUGCAUUUUGAAAGAGGGCCUGGUUAAUACAAAAUCAUUGCUAAUGAAAUUUUGAACAUUAAAGAGUCGGUCAAAGCCCAAGGUUAAUAUUCCAAAGUUAACCAGGAUUGCCUUGAAGUAUGUGACCUAUAGGUUACCAAACCCCAUUACAAUAUCCCAGAGAAAGUGUUAUUGCAGUUUAAAUAUGGCCCCAUUUUCUCCUGAAUUUCCCUUCUAUUGCCCAAAUUACUUUCUCAACUUGCUAAUAUUUGUUAUAUAUGUUGCCCAUUUCAUUCUUUAUAAUAGUACUUUGUAACAGAUCCUCAGAAAUGUUACAGUUAAAUACAGGACUCCAAGCAUAGGUGAGUUUGCCAGAUAUCCAUUUGUUUUGCUGUGCCUUACCUCAUAGAUCUUGUCAUCUAACUUCUGCACCUGGAUUUUCUGUUCAUAAUAAAGUUUGAGAAACUUCUCAUCA